AUGGGCGAUAUUCCACAUAUUAUCUUAAAAGAUGGGUCAUCAAUGCCAAGAAUAAUUAAUGGUAUGUGGCAAAUGGCAGGUGGUCAUGGUAAAGUUAAUUAUAAAAAUUCAUUAUCAGAUAUGUUAGAUUAUGCGAAUAGUGGACUUAGUUGUUUUGAUAUGGCAGAUCAUUAUGGAUCAGCAGAAGAUAUUUAUGGUGAAUUAAAAACACAAAUGAAGAAUGAUGGUAAUGAUAGAAAAGUUACAGGAUUUACCAAAUGGUUUCCAAGACCUGGUAAUAUGUCAUUAGAAAAUGUUAGAACAUUCAUUCAUUCAUCAUUAAUUAGAACAAAAUCAGAGUUCAUUGAUUUACUUCAAUUUCAUUGGUGGGAUUAUGAUGAUGAUAGAUAUUUAAAUGCUGCUCAAUCUUUAAAACAAUUACAAAUGGAAGGUUUAAUUAAUUCAAUUGGUGUAACAAAUUUUGAUACUAUUAGAUUAAAACAAAUUGUUGAAAGUGGUGUUGACGUUGUUACAUCACAAGUAUCAUAUUCAGUUAUUGAUAGAAGGGCAAGAGGUAAAAUGACAGAUUAUUGUAAAGAUAAUGAUAUUUAUAUGAUUGGAUAUGGUGUUGUUUUGGGUGGAUUAUUAAGUGAAAAGUUUUUAGGGGUACCUGAACCAUCGACUAUUGCAUUAAACACUUGGAGUCUUUCAAAGUAUAAAGAUUAUAUAAAUAGAUGGGGUGAUUGGAAUUUAUUUCAAGAUUUAUUAGAAGUUUUACAAAGAAUUGGUUUAAAACAUUCUGUAUCUUUAACUCUAAUAGCCAUGAAAUACGUUUUACAACAAGAUAUGAUUGGUGCCAUCAUUGUUGGUUGUAGAUUUGGUAUUCAUCAACAUAUCGAUGAAAAUAAACGUUUAUUCACUUUUAAUUUAGAUGAUGAAGAUAUUGAAAAAAUUGAUAAUAUCGUUUUUAAAGGUGAUUGUAUGUUAGGUUGGUCUGAACCUGGUGACGAGUUUAGAUAA